AUGAGACUUCUCUUCCCCUGGACAGAUGCAGUCCUCUGCACCAAGUGUCUUGAAGAUCAGCAUCCAAACAAGGAACAAGAUCAAUGUGUGGCCAAGAUCAUCAGCUUUCUGUUUUAUGGAGAACCCUUGGGGAUCACACUGGCUUCCAGCGCCCUCUUCUCAUCUGUCAACGCAGGUUUUGUGCUGGCAAUCUUCACUCACUUCCGGAACACUCCAAUUGUGAAAGCCAACAACUGGGAUCUCUCCUUCAUUCUGCUCAUCUUCCUCCUGCUCUCCUUCUUGUCCUCCUUCCUGUUCAUUGCUGGGGACAAGCAAGUGGCAAGAUGCCCCCUGACAUUAAGUAGAGAUGCAUAUGAUGCAAGGAAUCGCUUCCAAACAGGAGACCACCUCAUCGGUGGGCUCCUCCCUUCACUGGAUGCAGUAAUCCAACAGCAUUCCUUUGUCAAUCCUCCAAUUAUCCGUGUCAGAGAAGCAAACACUGGAAACUACUUCUAUGACCUGGCCUUCUUGCAUGCCAUCCAUGAGAUCAACCAGGACCCGGAACUCUUGCCCAACACCUCUCUGGGUUACAGCAUCUAUGAAAACUUUUAUAACACCAGGAUCACCUACGACAUCAUGCUGGACCUCCUGUCUCCUGAGCAGAAGAACAUCCCGAACUACAGCUGUGGGAGCCAGAUGGACCUGCUGGCUGUUGUGGAAGGGGCUGACUCGGAAAUCUCCAGCCAUAUUUCAGCCCUGUUGGGCAUCUCCAAAAUCCCACAGGUAUAUAUGGAGGGUGUCUUCAUUCUACUAUUAUUUGAUUUUCCAGUUUCCCACUUGCACGUUCUCCUCAACAUUCCUUCUCUGUAUUGCCAGACCCUCCCUCAGUCGAGGUGUUCCAAAAGCUGCUUCCCUGGAUAUGUCAAGGUGAUUGUGGAAGGAAAGCCAGUUUGCUGCUAUGCCUGUGCUCCAUGUGCAGAAGGGACCAUCUCCACUCAGGAAGAUGUGGAACAUUGUACCAGAUGUCCAGAAGAUCAGCAUCCAAACAAGAAGCAAGAUCAAUGUGUUCUCAAAAUUACCAGCUUCCUCUCCUAUGGAGAAUCUCUAGGAAUUGUCCUAGUUUCCUUUGACUUUUUCCUGUCUGUAACAACAAGCUGUGUGUUAAGCAUCUUCAUUAAGUACCUGGAAACUCCCAUAGUCAAAGCCAACAACCGGGACCUUUCCUACAUUCUGCUCAUCUCCCUCCUGCUUUCCUUCUUGUCCUGCUUCUUCUUCUUUGGUCAGCCAAGGAAAGUCACCUGCCUUCUUCGUCAAGCAGCUUUCAGCAUCAUUUUCUCAGUGGCCAUCUCUUCCCUCCUGGCCAAAACCAUCACUGUGGUGCUGGCCUUCCUGGCCACCAAGCCUGGAAACAGGGUGAGGAGAUGGCUGGGGAAGAGCUUGGCCAAUACCAUUGUGCUUUCCUCUUCUGGUGUUCAAGUUCUUAUUUGCACCUUCUGGCUGGCCACCUCUGCACCGUUCUCUGACUCUGACAUGUAUUCACAGCCUGGAGAGAUCAUUCUGCAGUGCAAUGAAGGCUCUGUGGCCAUGUUCUACACUGUGCUUGGCUACAUGGGCUUUCUGGCUGCUGUGUGCUUCACCAUGGCUUUCCUGGCCAGGAAGCUGCCUGGGGCCUUCAAUGAGGCCAAGCUGAUCACCUUCAGCAUGCUGGUCUUCUGCAGUGUCUGGAUCUCCUUCGUGCCCACCUACCUGAGCACCAAGGGGAAGUACAUGGUGGCUGUGCAGGUCUUCUCCAUCUUGGCCUCCGGCGCUGGGCUGCUGGGCUGCAUCUUCCUGCCCAAGUGCUACAUUAUCCUACUGAGGCCUGACCUGAAUACCAAGGAGCAUCUAACAGUCAAGCAGGAAAACAGCAUAGGUUCCCUAGAAAAGACUUUAAAAUAUUGA